AUGCUGGGCUGGUGUGAAGCGAUAGCCCGUAACCCUCACAGAAUUCCAAACAACACACGAACACCCGAGAUCUCAGGGGAUUUGGCUGAUGCCUCACAAACCUCCACAUUGAAUGACAAAUCCCCAGGGCGAUCUGCAAGUCGAUCAAGUAACAUUUCAAAAGCAAGCAGCCCAACAACAGGGACAGCUCCCAGGAGCCAAUCAAGGUUGUCUGUCUGUCCAUCCACUCAGGACAUCUGUAGAAUCUGUCACUGCGAAGGGGAUGAAGAGAGCCCCCUCAUCACACCCUGUCGCUGCACAGGGACACUGCGCUUUGUCCAUCAGUCCUGCCUCCACCAGUGGAUCAAGAGCUCAGACACACGCUGCUGCGAGCUCUGCAAGUAUGACUUCAUAAUGGAGACCAAGCUCAAGCCUCUCCGGAAGUGGGAGAAACUACAGAUGACCACGAGCGAAAGGAGGAAAAUAUUCUGCUCUGUCACAUUCCAUGUCAUCGCGAUCACCUGUGUGGUUUGGUCCUUGUACGUACUGAUAGAUCGGACAGCAGAGGAAAUCAAGCAAGGCAACGACAACGGUGUCCUUGAAUGGCCGUUUUGGACAAAACUGGUUGUGGUGGCCAUUGGCUUUACAGGAGGUCUCGUCUUCAUGUACGUGCAGUGUAAAGUCUACGUUCAGUUGUGGCGCAGGCUGAAGGCCUACAACCGUGUGAUCUUUGUACAGAAUUGCCCAGACACUGCCAAAAAACUGGAGAAGAACUUCUCGUGCAAUGUAAACACAGACAUCAAGGACGCUGUGGUAGUGCCUGUGUCACAAACAGGUACAAAUUCACUGCCAUCUGCAGAGAGCGGCCCCCCUGAAGUUGUAUCAGUUUGAUGGAACCAGUUGAGAGUUUCU